AUGAGUACCCCCAAGCGAACUAGAAUAGUCGUGGAUCCCAGCCACAAAUUCCAUAGACAAUGUGAACAGAUUCGCCAAGAUGCUGAAGAGAUGAAAUGCCUCUCGGUGAUACUGAAUUCUGAACGAUACCAUUACGAUAAUUUGGCACUUUUGACUGCCUCCUUGGGUGUCAACACUACCACACAAGAAUUGGCGUUUGCUUUGAGAGGAGAGCUAGAACCAGCUGAGGCUCACACAUUGGGAAACAUUUUUCGAACCAACAGGAGCAUAGCGACUUUUUCAUUUCAUCUUUUUUCUGAUGUCCCUGACAAUGAAUGCAAACUCCAAAAAUUGUGGCAGGGAGUUCGUUCAAGCACAUCUCUCGAACGUGUACUCUUGUCUAAUCUACCUGCCACUUCUGUCACCAGCUUUGUUGAGGCCUGGAAGGAGUCGCCAACUUGCAAACUAUCCUCAGUUAGCUUCCUUUUCUGCAGGUUCUCCAAGGCAAGUGUGGAUGCUCUGAUUGCAGGAUACCUUGAGUCCACUCAAAUGAAGGCAGUUUCUCGUUUGAUGUUCGAAGACUGUGUUUUUGAAGGGGAUGACAAAUGCCGUAUUGCAUGUGCUCUGGCAAAGAAUUCCUCAUUGAAAAAAUUUGUCUUUAAAUACAAAGAUGGGCUGGGCAAGAAACCUGCAUCCAUGUUCGCACAUGCUAUUGCCACAAACACCAAGCUGAGACGUGUCGGCUUUGAUGGUUUAGAUGAUGAUGCAUUGCCCAUAAUGACACAUUCAAUUGAACAGAAUCAUUGCUUGAAAGAAGCAACAAUUUCCGGAAAGAAUAGCGGAGGAGAAACGGAGAAGAAUUGCAUGGAAAAAGUUGUCCACUCAAUCAUAAUGAACCGAGCAGGCCGCCGUUUCCUGCAAGAGUCCAUUCAACGUCCUGGCGAUGCAAGUAUUGAAGAGUUCUGGUUGUCCUCACUCACAAAGAAUAUCAACAAUCACCCUGUUGUGUACUCGUGGAUCCGCAACUAUCCUGACAUUUUCCUCCGCGUGGCUGGCUUUGGCACAGAAGAGGACCACUCUAACCAGAAGAGAAAGGCUGGCCAUGAUUGCAAGUUGAGUGCAAAGAAGCCAAAGAACCUUCGAUAG